UUUCACUGCGCAAUUGAAAUGUAUUGUAAAGUAACUGUUAAUACUGGCAGAGAGAGAAUGCUUCAUUAUCAUGUCUGUUCUGGAGAAUGGAGCGUGCUGUGUCUUCCCAUCAACUAAUCCUGUGGGUGUGCUCAGUUACUGGAACAGCACUCGUCCUGUCUGGCUCAGAUGGACUGUAAUUGGCACAGGCGAACACUCCACAUAAGGAUGUUGUGAUGAUCACACUCCAGGAUAUUUGUUGGUUUUCCCAGUCGGCUUCUUCCUGACUUUUGAGAAUUUGUUCUUUUGGAUUUUGACAUUGAAUUGAAGAUAGACUUGAUCAAGAUGAGGAUAACUUUUCCAAAGGACUUCAACUGGUCACAGUUCGCAGCCCAUGACCCCAAGAACAAGACAGAAAAUCUCACACGUGCGAUCAACGCCAACUUAACUGACGAAAUGGCCGACGAUGCUUUUGACAACCUCUACCCAGCAAUCAUACAAUGCUUCGUGGUCAUUCUCUUUGGAUAUUUCGCAGGGCGAAUAAAUUUGAUCUCGCACGUUCAAGCCAAGGGAUUGAGUGCCUACACAUCGAACUUUGCCCUGCCUGCUCUCGUCUUUCGGAGCAUGGUCCUACUGGAGUUCUCCGCCGUCGAUUGGAAGUUUUUGGGAAGCAUUUUAAUCGCGAAAGCUCUUGUCUUUGUUGUUGUGAUAUGUUUCACUCUGGUCUUGAUGCGACCGAGGAACAUUGGAAAGUGUGGCUUGUAUGGAAUAUUCGCUACGCAGAGUAAUGAUUUUGCUCUCGGAUACCCUAUAAUGUUGGCGCUCUACUCUGAAACACACCCCGAAUAUCUCAAGUACAUCUACCUCGUCGCGCCGAUAUCGUUUUGCAUUUUGAACCCAAUUGGAUUCGUUCUCCUGGAGAUUCAGAAACGUCGCACCUCCGAGCAUCAUGACGGUGGCUGCAAAGUCCUAUGGCAUGUCGUCAAGGGCGUGAUUACGAACCCGAUAGUUUUUAUGACCGUGAUUGGUAUAAUUGGGAAUUUUGCAUUCAGUCAGAAGGUGCCAGUUGUGUUGGAUGGAAUACUCACUUUAUUAGCAAACUCCUUCAGUAGCUGUGCCCUCUUCUACCUUGGACUCAGCUUGGUCGGAAAAAUCACUUCGCAAGUUGGAACAGCACUCCUUACCCCAGUUCUGCUCAUUUUUGCAAAGUCAGUGUUACUUCCGUUCGCCAUUCGUGAGGCUGUAAACAUCCUUGGUGCUGGUAAUUCGACGAAUGAAACUGCCAGUCUCGGUUCAUUUGGAUUCCUGUACGGUACAUUCCCCGUGGCACCAACGGUUUUGAUUUACGCAUCGCAGUACAACAUGGCAUUGGACAUGAUUGCCACUGGUAUGGUCGUGUGUACAUUCCUUUCAGCCCCACUCAUGUUCGUCUCCGCCCGGAUGAUAACCCUGUCGGUCAAAAACAGAUCCGACUAUCAGGACUUAAUACAGAGUACUGCAUUUGACGUCAGUAUUCUCGGAAUGGUUUGUGGGGUGUGGGUGAUCGGAGUCUUCGUGUUGAGUCGAAGAUUCCGGAAACUUCCUCACCAGUUGACACUGACCAUGCUGGUCAUGCAGUUCUUCAUGUGUCUUGGCAACCUCCUCUACUAUUUUGUCAACGACAUCGACAGUGUCAACUGGCAGCACUACAUGCGGUUUAUCAUGUUCCUAAUAAGUGUCCUGAGUACGCGAUGCUGGACGGCGGCCAUCGCCCUGGCGCUGUGUUUCGUACGAGUGCGUAGUUUCUGCUUCCUGCUGAGGAUGCGGGUCUGGCUGUUUAUAUUUGCAUUGGGUUGUCCUGUAUUCAUCACCGGAGUACUCAUGAUGGCUGUGAAGCAUGAAGCGGGUGAGGUCGUUGAAGAUCCCGCGUUCCAGUAUGGGCAGCCUCAGAUCAUCUGCUCCGCUAUUAUAAUCUUCCUGUGUCUGGUCACGACGAUCGUCAGUCUUGUGGUCGGCCAUCGUUACGACCGCCAUCGUCUCCAUAGUUACGCGCUACUCAACGAAUCCACAUCCAAACUCCACAGCUACAGCAACAGAUCGGUCCGCGUCAAAGCCGAGCCGUCACGAAAGAUAACGGAAUCGUUUCAAUCUGAUUCGCUGCCAUCUAGUCCUGAUCACGAGCCGAACCUAUCAUAUUCGGAGAGUGGUGUCGGAGGCAGUGGGGAUCAUUUGACGCGGACGUCAUGCGAGCAGUGUCCUGGAACAGGAAGCUGUGCUGGCAUUGAAAUGUGUGUCAUAGACGAGAGUGCAAGUGCCCAGUGUAGUGUUUUUCACAUCUCAGACCAGGGAAGGCCUAUCAACAUUGAAGAUUUAGUUCCCAUAAAUCUUAGCGGCGCACACCGAGUCCAUGCAGGAUCAGAUGCCAGUGACUCUCCUAGCACUUCCCCUGACAUUAUAGAAGCCGCCAUGACAGAGCGGACCUGUCUCCUGGGCGACAAAUGCGACACGGUACAACGCCGCAUCUGUCGCAAGCGAUUACGCGACUACGACAGCUCGGCACAUCCACAUAUCGGUGAUGAACUCCUCGAGGAGAGGAUCGGAGAAUAUCAGAUCACCCGUCAUGUUGUUCUGCUUUUGUUGAAUUCGUUAUCGAUGUUUGUUGGUCUCUUCCUGUGUAUGUGGCGCAUGUUUAAUGAGUCAUCAUCUGGUCUAUAUAUAGAGUUGGAGUUCCUCGAUGCGGUGACGUGUUUCGGCCAGGGGUUCUUUGCGUUUGCCGUGUUUGGACUGGACACAGAGCUUGUGAUUAUGCCAUUCGUCAGAAAGGCACAGUGUCUAGCAAAGAGUUUUAAGUAUUUGUUGUCAAUACAGAAAGUAGAAAGGUGGCGUAAGUUCGUCUAUGGGGUGGAAAUUCUACACCUGCCUCGACAAGAGGAUUUAGAUGAAGAAAUUCUCCACACGAGCCAUCAAUUCAAUGUUUAUCACAAAGAGAACUGCCGGAAUGAACUUGCGAAAGACAGAAGGUGGCGUCUACGGAUGUAUCAAGCCGUCUUCACUGGCACUGAAUUUGUCGAUUGGUUACUCGAGGCCGGCCUGGCACAUGAUCGAAUCGAAGCAGUCGGAUAUGGACGGCGUUUACUUCUAGCGCGAGUUCUACAUCACGUGACAAAGGAACAUUUAUUUUACGAUUUGCCGUAUUUCUACCGGUUCGAUUCAGACGAAGAAGGUGGGGAGAACGUGUGUCCGGUGUCUGGAAGUCAGCGGUGUGGGAUUACACCGGACGAAGACUGAACUUGUUCUGUCCGUUAGAAACACUGUAUUGUCUUUACGCGAGUUGAUUAUGUGAACCCUUUGUUCAUGUAGGCAUAAACUAUUCUGUUUUUUUGUUCAGAAAAACUACGCCGUCCAUGCUGUGAUAUCGAUUACUUGACUUAAUCAGUUGGAAAGAUUUCUGUAACCACAUUAUGUCAAGUUUUGUAAAGGGUUCUGUGCACGAGAAAAUCAGAACAUGGGGUGGAUAUUUUUUCAUUGUUGUAUUAAAACUCGAUGAAGUCCAUCCAUUGGCUGGAUUCAAAUUUACCAUCGUCGAAAAUGAAUUCGUCGGGAUUUACACUGUUGACGUUCGAUCGUGCAACUUCCCGUUAGAAGACCAAGGGUAUUGGCAGGGAACAAUGGUGACAUUCUCCAGUAAAUUUGAAUCCAGUUAUCAGAUUGAACUUAUAGUGUUAUUGUAAACUGAAGGCAUACACUAAUAUUUUUUCAUUGUUAAUCAACUUAUAUAAUAAUCGGAGUACAGUGGAACCCCCCUAAACGAACACCUCUCUAUUAAUGCAAGUAUCAAUUCGUUUCUUGUACCCCCCCUCCUCAAGGGUAGUUAAGCUAUCACCACUAAUCUUUGCCGAUGCUUGAGUAGUAUUUAUUUUUCCUUUAGUGAAAAUUUGGCGAAGCUGGAAAGAAUAAGGAUGCUAAUGUGUCGAUGUCUUGUCGAACAUACAGCCUUACCCAGUAAAAUUAGUUCGGUUACUUUAUAUGACGGUGAUAACUGAUAUAUUGUUGAUGGUGAUGUCUUGACGAAAGAAAAAGUAGCAUUGGUGAAAAAAGGGUGAUGCUUGAGCCUUAAGAUGUCGUUAUAGGGUGAUAAGGUGUCGUACCCUUGAGGAGGGGGGGUACAAGACACGAAUUGAUACUUGCAUAAGGACACCCUUUCUAUUAAGGAUGCCGCAUUUAAUCCCAAACUGGUCAGUUCUAUUGCAUUUGACGUAUGUAAUCAGGACACUCUAAGAACGACAGCACUUGUCCGAUAUCAGUGGAUGGAAGCCCAAGUAAUCUAGUCGGCAAGGAGGUUCCUUCGACCACUUGCCACAGGGCCUAGUUGUGACGUCAUCAGGGUUAACGAAAUAUGUAAUCAGGACACUCUAAGAACGACAGCACUUGUCCGAUAUUAGUGGAUGGAAGCCCAAGUAAUCUAGUCGGCAAGGAGGUUCCUUCGACCAGUUGCCACAGGGCCUAGUUGUGACGUCAUCAGGGUUAACGAAAGCUGUGCUUACACGUGUAGGUGUCGCGCAGGUAAUCAAAAAUGCUGUUGGUGAAUGGUGUAGUUGGUUUGGGUUGCCUUGCCAAACAUUGCUAUGUGUAGCUACAAUUUUGCUCAAACCUUAGCGCCUCAGUUUUGGCCGACAUUUUAUUUUCACUCUUGCUGUGUUUGGUGAGACAACCAAUUCCCUCAAUUUUGGUUUUGUAUAAAAGUAAAUGUAUAAAAGCUCGAAUUAUUCAAAGUCAUCAGAUUCACCUGUUAGACCUGUCCAUUUUACCUAGGUACUAUUCAAAUUCAAAGUAUUUUUGUAGUAAAUUGGUGCAUUUUAUUGUGUAAUGAUUAUUUUGUAUAUUGUAUGUAAUAUAUUUUAUGUUUAUUACGCACUCCUGAUGCUAAAUGUUGUGUCUUUAGGAGGUGUGUUCUAAUUGAAAUGCUCUGCUUAGGUUUCACUUCUUGAAGUGGUGAUUCCCAUUUAAGAGGACCACCAUUGACUACUCUGUUGCAUUUGAAACGUGAUUAGUCCACGAGAUAUUCGGCAUGAUCCGAUAGCCUCAUGUUGCAAAACCAUUUAUGUCAAUGAUAACAAUCAUAAUCAACAUUUAUAUACCACA